GACCCAUCCUCAACCAGCCACUUCAGUUGUCCUUUGAGCCUGCAAACGUAAACAUGUUGACCAACAACGAGCUAAUGGAGCAGUUUUACUUCCCCGACGAAGCCCCAGCGAUUCCCGAGUUCUUGGGCAACGACACCUUCCAGCAGUUGGAGCAGCUCAUGUACCAGCAGGAGUUUAGCACCAGCGACAGCCAGUCGGACGGAGCGAACAGUUGCUCCUUGGAGAUGUACUACGAUACGCCGUCUGUCCUGGAAUUGGAGCAUAUGCUGAGUGCCCAGGAGCAGCAGCAGCACCACCAAGCGAAUCCUUUGAGCAAGAGCCAGGGCAGAAGUCCAAGGUACUGGAACAAGCAGCAGAGGAGCAAGCCAUACGACAAGCUGUCCACUUCCAUGUCUUCAUCUGCUUCCUCCGCCUCUUCGAGCAGUUCAUCGUCCGCGGGAUUCGGUGGCGAAGUCCUCAAAAAGCGGCGACUGGCCGCCAAUGCUCGGGAACGGAGGCGGAUGAACAGCCUGAACGAUGCCUUCGACAAGUUGAGGGAUGUGGUUCCAUCACUCGGCCACGAUCGGCGACUGUCCAAAUACGAAACUCUGCAAAUGGCGCAGGCAUACAUCGGGGAUCUGGUCACGUUGCUGUCCAGAGACUACUAGCUAGUAGUCCUCCUUCAUCCUUUCUUCCUCAAAUGGAAGUUCCUUUGCGGGCUGUGUUGCAGCAACACCUUCAUCCUAGUGGAAAUCUUAUAAAGGCUGUUAG